AUGCGUGAGAAAUCGAUGCAGUGGCACGAAUCUGCCGCAGACGACGACGCGGGCGUCGAGCGUCGACGCGGACGCGCGAACGAGCGCGUCGAUCGCGUCAUGCCGUUCGCGCCGCGUAAACGACCGAGCGGCGCGGCGUCGGGGGCGCGGAAGCGCGUUGAAGAUGAUUCCGUCGGUGGUGAAAAGAUGGAGAAAACCGACGAGCGGGACGCGCGCGAGCUCGACGAGAGAGCGACGACGAAGGGCGCGUCGUUUGCGUCGGGAAAGAACCGCGUCGCGGGCGCUCGGGCGUCUUUGUUAUCGUUCGAGGACGACGGCGGUGGCGCGGAGGCGGCGGCGGAGGCGGCAAAGGCGAAGACGAAGAAGAAACGGUCGAUCGCGGCGCCGGCGCCGCGAGUGAGGGAGGUGGAGAGAGAAACAGUGAGGACAUAUGACGUGGAAUCGUUGAGGGCGCUCGCGGCGGCGCAGCGCGCGAAGGAGGCGGAGGCGGUGCGAGAGGCGGAGGCGAAGGAGGCGUGGACGCCGCGGGCGCCGCCGAGGGACGAGGACGAUGGUAAUUCGGGGAUCCCGGACGCGAAGACGAUCGCGGAGGUAAAAUCGAAGCGAGAGGCGGCGAGACGCGCGAUGGCAGGACGAGAGGGAGCGGAUUACAUCGAUUUGGGCGACGGUCGGGGACGGGAUGGAACGCGCGCGGAGAAACCGUCAAUCGACUCUGUCGUCGAGGGUGAGGACGACGAGGAGUUCGAGCGUGCGCAGUUGCGCCGCGUGUUCAGGGAUGAGCCGGAGAUGCGAAAGAGCGCGCAGAGCGUGGCGCGCGAUACGAUGAAGCGCAAAGAAGCCAACGUGUCCAUCGAGAAGGCCGGACUCGAAGCGUUUGAGAGCCUGAAACGCGCGCUCGAGGCUUCAGUGUCAACAAGCGAGACGGCGAGGAAGGAGGCGACGCGCGCAGAUGAAAACGCGGCGAAGAGUCAGAGUGCUUUGGCAUUUUAUGAAAAAGAACUCAAGAGCGCGGGAGAACGGUAUGUGUACGCGCAAAAGUUGCGAGAUUAUUUCAAAGACGCGUGUGCAAUGAUGCAGGACAAGAAGCUCAUUGUGGAAGAGUUGAUGGAACAUUACAGCAAGUUUCACGUGGCGAGAGCUCGGGCGUUGACGCAGGCGAUGAAUGAUGAGUUCGAAGAGAGCACCAUUGAGGCCGAGGCGGCGGCCGAGGCGGCGCACGCGGUGUUUCAGCGAGGAGGAUCUCAGAGCGACGCCAAGAUAGCGGCUUCGACGGCGGUUCAGGACGCAGUGCUGAAGGGGCUGGUGGAAGAGAAACUGGAUGAUAUGGGCAGAGACGUGAACAUGCUCAUGAGAGAAAAAGCAGAGGCGCGGUCGAAGCGGCGUCAGUCGUCGAGCGAGGCCGUGCGCGUGGUUGAAGACGAGCGCGAAGUGGAGCUGUUUCACAAAGAUUGGUCGGAAGCGCAAGACGCCGCACUUGCGAUGUUCAAGGAUGCCUCAGACGAUCUCUCCACGUUGACCGCCGUGAAGAAGCAUGCAGAGGAUUGGAAGCGCACACACUUGGCUUCAUACAAGAGUACGUACAUGUCGGCUUCCGUACCACACCUUUUCGCACCAUUCGUGCGCUUAGAGCUCAUCGCGUGGUCUCCGCUGUUCCCGCCGGCAGACGCAAAGGCGCCCGCCUCGCUGGACUCCAUGUCGUGGUACGCUCAACUCUUCGACUAUGGCAUGGUUGAUGGUUCCUUCGACGAGGGCGACGAGGAUGCGAAUUUGCUUCCGAAGAUUGUCGAGCACCUCGUGUUGCCCAUUGUUUCCGACGCCGUGGAACAGUGGUGGGAGCCAAGAGAUCCCGCGCAGUCUCGAGCGUUGGCGUCCACGCUUCGUGACGUUCUUGUCUACGUCGAGCCAAACUCUUGCGAAGAGGCGCGAGAGGUCGUCAUCGCCGUCCGACGUCGUCUCAAGCAGUGCGCGGAGGCAUGCACGAUUCCCACAUACGCACCAGCAGUCACCGCGUGCGCUCCGGACGCGGCGCGUCAUGCUGAGUCUCGGUUCCGUCUCGCUGUUGACGUAAUCAAGAGCGCGCUCGCGUUCGACGGUGUGGUCGAACGCGACGCACUCGACCGAAUCGUGUUCGAUGGCGUCAUCGCCGCACACAUUGCGCCGUUCGUUCGUCUGCAACUCUUCCAUCCUGCGGCGUGCGCGGGUUCGCUCGCUGCCAUUGUCGACGCCCUCGGCGCGUCCACCGGUCGUGCACCGCCCUCCGUGGACUCUCUACGCGAAAUCACGCGCGCACUUGUCGCCGCCACCAAGGCUUCGGACCAAACCGACGACGGAACCGCGACGACCAUCGCCCGCGUCGCCGUCGCUCUCGGCGCCUGA